CCAUCUUGAACAUAGUAACUCGCUCGACCCGCGCGGUCCCAGUCAGUCUCGUGCAUCCAAUAUGGCUAGUCGAGGUGGUUAUGAAGAUUCAAGAGAUUAUGGAGGUGGAUAUCGCAGUAGUGGUAGAAAACCAUUGCCAACCGAACCACCUUUCACUGCAUAUGUGGGAAAUUUGCCAAAUGGAGUUGUUCAAGGAGAUGUUGAUAAAAUCUUUGAUAAACUUAAUGUUAAAGGAAUCAGAUUGGUUAAAGAUAAGGAAACUGAUAGAUUUAAGGGUUUCUGUUAUGUUGAAUUUGAAGAUUUGGCAAACUUGGAGGCCGCAUUGGAAAUGGAUGGGGCAGUAGAAGUAGAUAAAAGUCUCAUUAAAAUAGAUGUAGCAGAGGGAAAAAGAAAUGAUCGAGGAAGUGGUUUUGACAGAAGAGGUCGUGGUGGUGGGGGCGGCUAUAGGGGAAGAGAUGGUGCCCGAGGUGGAUACAAUGACGAUUAUGGAGGUUACAGCGAUAGAGGUCAAUAUGGUGGUGGCGGAAGUCGAGACUGGCAGCGUAACCCAGCACCUAGAAUGUACGGUGCUAAUAGACCACCAUCCCGUAGACCUGGACCUGAACGAAAACCAUUUCACGAUGAAUCGUAUGCUACAAACCCACCUCCAGCUGACACAAGCGGAAGGAAACGUUUGGUGUUAACACCAAGAACAGUUCAAGCUCCUGUAAAUGCAAUUGCUGAAUCAAGUAAAUCAAGUUCAAUAUACGGUGGUGCAAAACCUCGAGAGGAGAAAAAAACUAAUGAGAAGUAAAACUAUUAUCAUGAUUAAUAGUUUCUGAUUCCCUAAAUUGCAGGGAAAGGAACUUUCCCAACAAAAAAUUUGGAAACCAUACGAGAUUCCUUAGUCUCCUCAAAUACGGUGGAAAGAAUCUCUUUAAAAAUGAAAAGAAAUUACAAUAAUUUUUAUUUGCCCCUAAGGGGGAGUCUUCCCCGAAAAUACAUAAAGACAAAAGUUGAUUUAAUGAGAUUCUUAAGUUCCACGCAUUUGGCACUUUUAAUUAGGAAUAAAAUUUUCUUGUCUAAUGCCCUCUCUAUUUACAUUAACUUCCUAGUUAAAAAAAUGUAAUAGUAACGUGAGAAUUUAAAGUAAAAAAAACUGUGCACAAUGCAUGCUUUAAUAGUAAUGGCGUAUGUAUAUGCAUACAUACAUACAUCUAUGUAUGUGUAUAUAUAUAUUUACAAAUCAUAAUUGUGAGAUGACACGGAAAAUACAUUUUAAUGUUCAUGUCAAUCUCAUGUUUUGUUUUUUAUCGAUCUGUAAUAAUAUUGAGGGUAUGUGUACAAAUUAUUAAAAAUAUGUACUGUCAUUGCACGUGUAUUUGAUCCUGUGCAAGCCGAAUCUUUUGAAGCUGUACUCUAGAAUAAUCCCCAUUUUAACGAGUACAAAACAUUGUCCCUGUUAUCAUUUCCUUCCUUAUAAUUUUUAUGUUUCACUUAAAUAUUGAUCAUUGUAUGUGCUUGUUAAAAUGAUUCGUGAAUGAUUGUUUAAUAGGUAAAAUCGCAUUUGAUUAACAGUAUUAAACAAUUGUUUACAUGCUCAUAAGAUAAUAACAAACCAUUACGAGAAGUAAAAAUAUUUGAGUGAUUGAAAAAUUUAAACAUUACCGAAUGGUAUGAAGAUAAUGUGUCGAUCACUAUGCAUUAAUAUUAUGUAAUGAAUUAAUUAACUAUCAUAGUAAUAAAUGUCGAUCAUUUGAAAGAAGUAUCAAUGUUUAUGAGAUAAUAAAUAAAGAAAAACUCGAAAUAAUGACAAAUAUUAUGUAAAACUAUGCUUGUAUAUGAUAUUAUUUCCUG